UCAGAGUGCAUUUUACUGCUUGCGAGAACUCUAUGUUUUUCUGAAAUGUGUUUGAAACGACCCUGUAAAGUUGGACUGGUUCAGGAGAAAUUAUGAUUGAAGAUGGUUUGCCUUUAUAGAAGGACUUACUGAUGAAGUUUAGAUUUAGUUUAAUGCGAUUAUAUUUGGAGGACGGAACACCAGUCACAGAACUUUUGUUGCUCUUCGAUGAAAAGUCGCAAAAAUAUCGGAGAGGAUCUGCUGCUCUGUGCGCAUGCGUCCUUCAGUCCGUCACUCGGAGGUUCCCCUCAGGCAGCUCGGAGCUCAGGUGGAAUAAAAACUGUCCUCCUUCUGCUGUAAAGGGAAACUGAGCGCUGCUGCUUGGGAGGCUGAAGAAGAACAUCCCCAGGAGAACAGAGGGACCCUCAUCACAGGGCGGGAACACGGCGCUAACCGGGCUAGCCGUUAGCAGCAGCAGUCCGUUUAAAGUGCUGUUUUAUCAGAGUCCGAAUCAUGGCGGUCCAGGUGUCCGAGUUCGACCAGAUCAAACAGUUUAAGGAGUUUCUGGGGACGUACAACAAGGUGACGGAGAACUGCUUCAUGGACUGCGUCCGAGACUUCACCACAAGAGACGUGAAGCCCGAGGAGUCGAGCUGCUCCGAGUCGUGCCUGCAGAAGUACCUGAAGAUGACUCAGAGGAUCUCCAUGCGUUUCCAGGAGUAUCACAUCCAGCAGAACGAGGCUCUGGCGGCUAAAGCUGGCCUGCUGGGACAGCCGCGCUGACCCUGAACCUGGGCCAGGCCGGGCCGUGCUGGUCCAGCAGAUCCUCCGGCGCUGUAAAAACAGACUCUGAAGCUGCGCGUGAGGACGUUUUGUUGUAGUUUCUGACCUGAAGCUCCGCCCCCUCAGAUUCUAUCUGCAGGGUUAGUCGGCUGUUCUGUGCAUCAUGGGAAAUGUAGUUUCAGAUUCUUUAUUAACAUGCAGAAUAUUCAUUUAAUGUGCACAUUUGUCAUUUUAUUGAACACAACGACCGACCGAUGUGGUGGUGAUGAUGAUGAUGAUGAGCUGACUUCAUUUUUCAUGUCUGGAAAUAAAAAUAAUCCGACA